AUGAGCUUUGAAAGUGAUAAUAUUAGCGAUUUUACGAACGAGACUCAGGAGUUUGAUCGUGUUUUUUCUCGUAUUGAAACUGCCCAAAAUGCCAAAAACCAAUCUGCUUCACAAAAGCCUACUUUAUUUUCGCUGAAGAAAUCUAAAGAGAAUGAUUUUUCCCAUAGGGCUAGAAAGCUUAGUUCUAUCGAUAAAUUUCUGAAUCCAUCUAACUUUCAUGGUUUAUGCCUGUUAUCUUUAAAGAAUAUCAAUAAGUUAGUCACAUUUGACAGUGAUAACUCCUUCAUGAGCAGCUCAUUUGGAGAUGAUGGCGAUGAUGAGGAAAUGAUUGCGAUUCUAGACAAAAAGUUUCCUAAUAUGCAAAGGAAAAAUGAAACACAAAGCCGUCCUAAGGUUUCCUUAAUCUCUACUCCUACAAAAACGAACCCGAUUAAAAAAGAUGGUUUAUUGGAUAAUAACGCUCCCAUAACUUCCACACCAUUAACCACUUCCAUCAAGCAAAAAACAGUUUUUCCGAAUGCAAGAUCUUUUGAGAACAUAGAAGAAAAUCAUAAUGGAAAUUCAAAUACAUUCAAUGAAAUGGAAAGAGUAAAUGAUGAUAAUGAAGAUAUCACCGACCAUAAUAUUACAGAGGAUGAUGAUGACCAAGAUUUUGGGGAUUAUGGAUCAUAUUUCCACCGAAAGAAGCUUAAACAACAAAAAGCAGAUGAAAACUUUAUCAAAUGGAAUCAAAAAAGAAAAGAGUUUAUGCAAAAUAUUGAAGCUCAGGAUGCACCAAAUGUAAAUAUCCAAUUGAAGAAGUUUCCUCUAUCUCCAGGAAAACCCCAAAUGGGCCUUAUUUUUAAGGAUUGUAUCAUACAUGUUAAUGGCUAUACUAUCCCAGGUAUUAAUGAAAUUCAUAAAUUAGUUAUUUUACACGGUGGAAAAUUUUUGCAUUAUUUAUCAGGAAAGUCGCAGGUAACCCAUAUUGUUGCUAGUAAGUUAACACCUAAGAAACAUGAGGAGUUUAGACUAUAUAAAGUUGUGAAACCUGAAUGGAUUAUUGAUAGCAUAAAAAAUGGGAGGCUUGUUGAUUGGAAAGAAUAUUCAAUUAUUGAAAAAAGAGACUAUGGUCAACAGGAACUACAAGUUAGUAACAAGGGUAUCCAAAAGAAUGUAGAACAAACACAAAUGGGCUCAAAUGAUAGGAAGGCUUUAGAUACCAAAGUUAAUGAUUUCAAUAUUGAUAAUCUCCCAUCAAACUUCAACAAUAAUAACGCUUCAACAUCUGAGGGAACCCUGGCCCCUCAAUCCACAAGGCCAAUAGAUUCCACGCAACCGAACUUUUUGAAAUAUUUCUUUGAAAAUUCCCGUUUGCAUCAUUUGAGUGCUUGGAGAACUAGUUUCAAAUCUGAAUUUAUUAUUAAAUCGAUAAAAAGAUUUGAAUCAAAUCCUAAUAAUCUGAAUUUAUCUAAUCACAGUAUUCUCUUUUAUAUUGACUUUGACUGUUUCUUUGCCAGGGUAUCUGCAAUGAUGCGCCCAGAUUUAGAUUUCACCAAUACUCCUAUUGUUGUUACCCACGGAAAACUAACUUCUGACAUUAGCAGUUGUAAUUAUGCCGCUAGAGCAUAUGGGAUACAAAAUGGAAUGUGGAUUAAAGACGCAAGAAAAUUAUGUCCCAAUAUAGUUAGCUUGAAGUAUGACUUCGCAAACUAUGAACGGAUUUCCAGGAUUUUUUAUAAUUUUUUACUUUCCAGUGAGGAGAAUAUUGACAUUAUUUGUAUUUUGCCAAUUUCUGUCGACGAAUGUGUUAUCGAGGUUGAAGCAGUGGAUGGAUGGGAUAACAAUGGUUCUACAGACCAAAAACAAUAUUAUAUGAAUCGAGCAAAAAGGCUUAAAAACAUGGCCAAAAGCCUUACAAACUGUGACAUAAGUAUUGGUAUUGCAAAUAAUCGAAUCUUAUCACGUUUAUGUUUAAAACAUGCUAAGCCUGGUGGUGUACAUUAUUUGAACUCAAAUAAUGAGGAUCCUAAACCGUUUUUGAAAAACUUUUUAUUCAAGGAUUUGCCUGGAGUUGGAUCAAAUUCCACAAUGAAAUUGAUUCAGGCUUAUUUUAAUGAUACUUUACCUAUCAAAAAGGAGAGCAUUUCUUGUCUCAGGGUCGGUGAUCUACAUGAAAAGAAAUUAUCUUUGCAAAAUCUCAUUACUAUUUUUGGAAAUAAAAAUGGAGAAAAAUUUUAUAAUUAUAUUCAUGGUAAAGAUGAUUCUACCAAAUCCAAAGGUACAGUGCCUUUAAUGAAAACCCUAAAAUAUGAAUAUGAACAACAUAUUCUAAAUAAGGAAGCAAUUUCAAUUGAUGUCAAUUGGGGGAUUAGGUUUGUGAAAUUUGAGCAAGUUGAAGUGUUCUUUGAAGACCUCGUAAGAGAAUUGAUAAAGAGGAUGGAUGUUUUUAAUAAAAUUGGGUCAAACCUUACCCUUAAACUAAUGAAGAGACUUCCCAAUACAAAGAAUGAAAAAUUUUUAGGCAUGGGCCAAUGUGAAUUGAUUACCAAGAGCUCUAAUAUUGGUCUCCCAACAAGGGAGUUCGGAAUAUUAUUAACAGAAAUAAAAAAUUUGUUUAAAAUGGCGAUUGGUGGCGGAAUGGGUAAAAAUAGUAAUGAAAACUCCAUUAUCAAACUUGAAGAUGUUCGUGGUCUUGGGAUAAGAAUUGGAAAAUUAAAGGAUGUCCGACAUUUGGACUCAAAACAGAAGAAAUUGAACUUUCAUGAAGAAAAGAAUAUUCAGGAUAAGAGCUUUGAGCUACCUAGUCAGUAUGACGCUACUGUAUUUGAUGGGUUGCCAAAAGAGAUCCAAGAUGAAAUCAAGUUGCAAUAUAAAUCUGACCUCAUUACUAGGAAAUUUGAUGAAAAGCAUAAAUUGAAUCUACAUCAGAGAUUGGCCAAAAAUAAAGCAAGGUUAAAAAUCCAAAAACCACUUAUUAAUAAGCCGAUUUCUGUAAAAUUCAAAAAAGAAGAAAUAGAUGGCCUUCAAAAUAAUGGCGGUUUAAAUGAUAUGGUUACAGAUGCUAAAAUUUUGAGCAAGACACAAAAUAUUUCUAUUUAUGACGUUUCUGGUGACGAUACAAGUAGUUUUAUUACCACCCAAGAUCUUUUCUUUGCCAAUAAUCCUGGUAUUAAUAAGGACGUUUUUACUACUGAAUUUCCGACAUCUGUUCAAUCUGAAAUCCUUACUAACUGGAAAAAUGAGGAGGUAACAUUCAAGAAUAAUAACGUUAAUGAAUUGAAGAAACAUGCGAAAAAAAUGAAAAAGAUUGAGAAAAAUAAUAAAAAUUCCUCUGCUAGACUGAUGAAGCAAAAAAAUAUAAUAUAUGGUGGUCAGAGAUAUUUUGAAAAGUUUUGCAUCAGUGAGUUUUACUUGGGGAAAGGAAAUGCAAAAGAUGGUAAUUUUCUAGAUAUCAGUGUCAGCUACUUGGUUAACUGCUCUCAAAAGCAAUUGAACUCCUCCUUGAAAUCAUUAAUUGCCGCACAUACUUCUGUUCCUAUAGCAUUAACAAACGUGCUUAAGUCCUUUGUAGAUACUAUUUUGAAGUUCAAUCAGUUUGAGAAGCUAGGAUGGUUGCUGAACUUCGUUAAUAUCAAUUAUGAAAAUGUUAAAAGCUAUGGUAAACUGAAUAAUCGAAUAGCUGAAAAAUCCUGGGUCGAAGUUUUCAUGAUGUUAAAGAAGUAUAUUACCACCAAGGCUUCAGAUAAAGGGGUAAUAAUUCAAUAA